CCGUCUAUUACCGUAGAUUCGUCUACACCUUUGUCUUAGUCAAGACACUUUGCCGUCGAAAUAAUCCAGCACUGUUGGGUGCACGUGCUAUUAUCAACAAAAAUGUUUAUGUACAUAUUAAGAAUUUAGUACUCGCUAAUGAGUUCCUGUUCGUUCACCCUGGGUGUUAUCACCAACUCUAAUUACAAGACGCCGUGUUACCGAGUGGUCGCACCUCUAUAAUUGCGCCGAUAGAUUGCAAGAUAAUCUUGAGAUGCCUUCAACGGAUAAACCUGUCGACGAUCUUGAAAACUGGCUUCCCCUUGGCGAAGUUGGUCUCGUUGGUAUAACUCCGAUAUUUCCAAAGGAGAAACCAUUCAGUGUAUUGCAUCGUAAGCAGUUGAAAGACAAGCGAAUUGUCCUCAAUGUGAGUGGACGAAAGUUCGAGACCUGGGACUACACAUUGAAGAAAUACCCCACAACUCUACUGGGCAGCAGCGAAAGGGAAUCUUUUUACGAUUCGCAGCGGAAAGAGUACUUCUUUGAAAGGGAUCCUAGUUUUUUCCGACAUAUCUUAAACUACUAUCGACAUGGAAAACUGCAUUUUUCUCUAGAGGAAUGCGGCGAGUUUUACGAAGACGAACUGAAAUUUUUCCGGAUUCCAACAGACGCGGUGGGUUUGUGCUGUCUCGAAGAAUAUCACGACGCGAACGCUGCUGCAAUUCGCGAAUCAAAUUCAGAAGCCGGAGAAGCAAUUGCAAGCCACUGUGAGUGUGUUCCGCAACGGAAGACAUUCCGGCAACGCUUGUGGUUCAUGUUUGAAAACCCAAGGUCUUCCACCACAGCCAAGGUGGUGUACUACGUCAUAGGAGUAGCUAUUAUAUUGAGUAUCAUUACAACCAUAACAGAGACAAUUCCCUGCGGUGAUAAAACAUGCGGCGAGGAAUAUAAACAAGCUUUUCAAUACUUAGAUGGCUCUUGUGUUGUGGUCUUAACAUUGGAGUAUUUGAUCCGCCUGUUUGCGGCCCCUCACAGAUGGAAGUUCGUGAAAGAGUUUCAGAGCAUUGUGGAUCUUGCAGCUGUGAUUCCAUUUUACCUUGACAUUGGUUUGAAAAGCGCUGGCGACUUUGACGCACUGACAAUUUUGCGCGUUUUUCGUGUGUUUCGAGUGUUCAAAAUGUCGCGGCAUUCCACCAGGCUGCAAGCUCUUGGCUCUUCGAUAAAAAACUCCUCUUCCGAGCUAGGAUUUAUUCUAUUUUCCUUUGGUCUUGGUGUGAUCAUAUUUGCCACCGCUGUGUACUACGCCGAAAAAGAUGUCAAGGGCACAACUUUCUCUAGCAUCCCUGACAGUAUGUGGUACGCUAUUGUCACUAUGACAACAACAGGGUAA